AAACACGGGGAGGAGAGUUGCCCGGAGCCGGCGCGGCCAUUAAAUGAUCUACAAGAGAUAGGCGACAUGCCUCGGGCGUCAACUAUCACGUGCGGGGUUUAUAUACGUGAUAGUCCUAAGUAACGUUCGAGUCCAUUGCAAGCUCAUCAAAAAUUCGAGUACAGGAACAUGACACGCAACUGGCAAGACAUCGCAAAAGCCAAGCAGGAGGCGCUCUCCGAGUCAAUUCCAGCAGAAUGGCGUGUUCCUGCCGAUAUUAUGCCUCCAGAAUCUCAACUGGAUGUGACAGGCUUCCCUGAGGAAAGCGGCUUCUUCACCAAGGACGAACUCAAAUACACUUCUGCCAAGAUUCCAGAGCUAUUGCAACAGAUUCACAGCGGUACAUGGAAAGCAGCAGACGUUAUCCGAGCUUUCUCAAAACGCGCCGCAGUAUGCCAUCAGUUGACCAACUGCUUGUCCGAGACUCUUUUCCCUGAAGCACUGGAGAGAGCAAGGGCUCUUGAUGAUCAUCUCGAGAAGACUGGAAAGCCCAUCGGACCCUUGCACGGCAUUCCUAUAUCGCUCAAGGACAACUUCAACAUCAUCGGAAAGGAUUCUACCAUCGGAUUUGUUGCCUGGGUAGAUCAGCCGGCGACCUACAACACAGUUCUGGUUGAUCUUUUGCUCAAAGCAGGAGCAGUGCUCUAUGUCAAGACGAACGUUCCGACUGCGAUGAUGAUUGCUGAGUCUGUAAACAACACUUUUGGUCGUACCGUGAGCCCGCUGAAUAGGAAACUUACAUCUGGCGGUUCAAGUGGAGGUGAAAGUGCACUUAUCAGUUUUGGAGGCAGUGUGCUAGGUGUCGGUACUGAUAUCGGCGGCUCUCUUCGUAUACCAGCAGCUUGUACUGGCAUUUUCACCUUAAGACCUUCGUUUGGUCGGUUCCCCACGGCCAAUGCCAAGUCUGGACUGGCAGGGCAAGAGGCAGUCAACUCUGUCAACGGGCCCAUGGCUCGCACUCUGGAUGACAUCGAGUUCUUCUCGAAGAAUGUCGUGGGUGCAGAGCCUUGGAAGCUCGACCCGAAGUGUUUGCCCAUACCCUGGCGCCCUGUGGAUGUCGGCCCCAAGCUACGACUAGGUGUAGUCUGGAACGAUGGGAUGGUUGUGUAAGAUUGCCUUUG